GCAGGGGGUGAAGCGACUUUAAUGGAAGGGAUUUGUCUGCUCAGAACAUCAACCUGAACAAGCUGGAGCCUGUGUGGUGUAAUUUAACAGUGUUUUAACAUAAAGGCUGCUGUUCCUGUAGCUACUGGAGGAAACUUAGCAUCUGCAGGCAAAGCUCCCGGGGCAGGGGAGAGAACUGAAGGAGAGCUACAUCACCCAUCACCCAUGUGUUAGCCCUUUGGACCCUACACGUCAUUCUGAUGUGGCACUGAAAGUAGAUCCCACACAGGGAAACCAUGUAUUCAGUGCUUUGUUAGUUACAGAUUAACUGUUUCCUUAAAAAAAAAAAAAAAAAACAGCAACAAGAAUUUGCCCCGUCACUGUUCAAGGGGCUAUGGCAGGUCUCCCCGCUAGCCAUGGGCUCCACCUGGGGCUGAUUUCGGCUCCACCAAAGCCAGCAGGACUGUGCAUGGGUCAAGUCCUCCCCGUGCUUGGUUGACCACGGCUGGCUUAGAAGGCUCUUCCCGCUCCCAAGAAAAUGGGGACUGACAGUGAAAACCCAGUCCUGAGGAAUGUGCUCAUCAGCUUCAACCUGCUCCUGCUGGGUGCCGUCCUUAAACCUUUCGAGUGUCGGCUGGAGGUACCAACAGAGCCAGCUGAGAGGCCGGCAGUGGAUGAGGAAAGUGGCCCUGCCAACUGCAGCCCACCCAUCAAAGAGCAGCCCAUGGUCUUCCACCACAUCUACAACAUCAACAUCCCCCUGGACAGCUGCUGCUCGUCAAUGUUCAAGUCUUCAGCCGAGGAGGUGAGUUCAGAAGACGACCGGCUGGCGGAGUAUGCGGAGCAGACCUCUGACAGCGAGAGCCAGGUCACCUUCACCCACAGGAUAAACUUGCCCAAGCAGGCCUGCAAGUGCUCCACCUCCCUCCCGUCCCUGCAGGAGCUGCUGAGCAGGAUUGAGAUACUGGAGAGGGAGGUCUCCAUGCUCCGGGACCAAUGCAACUCCAAUUGCUGCCAAGAAAAUGCAGCCACAGGGCAGCUGGAUUACACCCCGCAGUGCAGCGGCCACGGGAACUUCAGCCUGGAGUCAUGCAGCUGUGUGUGCAUGGAGGGCUGGGCAGGCAGCAACUGCUCCGAGCCCCGCUGCCCCCGGGGCUGCUCCAGCCGUGGAGUCUGCCUGGAGGGCCAAUGCAUCUGCGACAAUGACUACGGGGGUGAGGACUGCUCCCAGCUCCGCUGCCCUGCUGGCUGCGGCUCCCGUGGGCUCUGCGUGGACGGUGAAUGUGUCUGUGAGGAGGGUUUCAUCGGGGAGGAUUGCUCCCAGCUGCGGUGCCCCCGCGACUGCUCAGGGAAGGGCCACUGCGCCAACGGCACAUGCAUCUGCCAAGAGGGCUACACCGGCGAGGACUGCGGGUGGCUGCACUGCCCCAAUGCCUGCAGCGGUCGUGGGGUCUGCCAGGACGGUCUCUGUGUCUGCGAGGAAGGCUACGAAGGGCAGGACUGCUCGGCAGUGGCUUCUCCCGAAAACCUGCGAGUGAUGGAAGUCAGCGACAGCUCCAUCGAGCUGGCAUGGGACAGCCCUGGGGCAGUCACUGAGUACGUCAUCUCAUACCAGCCAGCGGGGCCAGGGGGCACCCAGCUCCAGCAGCGGGUGCCUGGGGACAGUAGCAGCAUCACCAUCACAGAGCUGGAGCCAGGUGUUGCCUACAACAUCAGCAUCUACGCGGUCAUCAGCAAUGUCUUGAGCACCCCUGUUACCUCCAAGGUGAUGACCAACCUUGCCACGCCACAGGGGCUGAAGUUCAAGACCAUCACAGAGACGACGGCAGAGGUGCAGUGGGAGCCCUUCUCUUUCCCCUUUGACGGCUGGGAGAUCAGCUUCAUUCCCAAGAACAAUGAGGGCGGCAUGAUUGCCCAGCUCCCCAGCACCGUCACCACCUUCAACCAGACAGGGCUGAAGCCAGGUGAAGAGUACACCGUCACUGUGGUGGCCCUCAAGGAACAAGCCAGGAGCCCUCCCACCUCCAACAGCAUCUCAACCCUCAUCGACGGCCCAACGCAGAUCCUGGUGCGGGAUGUCUCCGACACAGUGGCCUUUGUGGAGUGGACACCACCCCGCGCCAAGGUGGACACCAUCCUGCUGAAGUACGGGCUGGCGGAUGGGGAGGGGGGGAGGACCACCUUCCGCCUGCAGCCUCCCCUCAGCCAGUACUCCCUGCAGGCCCUGCGGCCCGGCGCCCGCUACCGCCUCGCCGUCAGCGCCCUCCGGGGUGCCAACGAGAGCCGGCCGGCCCUCGCCCAGUUCACCACAGAGAUAGAUGCCCCCAAGAACCUGCGGGUGGGCUCACGGACGCCUGCCAGCCUUGAGCUUGCCUGGGACAACAGCGAGGCUGAGGCACACAGCUACAGGGUGGUCUACAGCACCCUGGCCGGGGAGCACUACCAUGAAGUCCUGGUGCCGCGGGACACUGGUCCCACCACCCGGGCCACCCUCACAGAUCUUGUGCCGGGGACAGAGUACGGCAUCGGGAUUUCAGCCGUGAUGGGCAGCCAGCAGAGUGUGCCGGCAACCAUGAAUGCCAGAACUGAGCUUGACAGCCCCCGGGACCUCCUGGUGACAGCCUCCACAGAGACUUCCAUCUCACUGACCUGGACCAAAGCCACAGGUCCCAUUGACCACUACCGUGUCACCUUCACCCCUGCCUCGGGGAUGGCCUCCGAAGUGACGGUGCCCUGGGACAAGUCGCAGCUCACCCUCUCGGAGCUGGAGCCAGGGACAGAGUACACCAUCUCCAUCAUCGCAGAAAGGGGACGCCAGCAGAGCCUGGAGGCCACUGUGGAUGCAUUCACAGGGGCCCGGCCCAUCACACAGCUCCACUUUUCCCAGCUGACAUCCUCCAGUGUGAAUGUCACGUGGAGUGAUCCAUCCCCACCAGCAGACCGCCUCGUCCUCACCUACAGCCCCCGGGAUGAGGAGGAGGCACAGCAGCUCAUGCUUGACGGCACCCGCAGGCAUGCCAGCCUGAUGGGCUUGCAGCCAUCCACAGAGUAUCUGGUGUCACUGGUGGCCAUGCAUGGUGCCAUCAGCUCCGAGCCUGUUGUGGGCUCCAUCACGACAGGGAUUGAUGCACCGAAGGACCUCAGGGUGGGAAAUGUCACCCAGGAGUCCAUGACUGUCUACUGGAGCCCUCCCAUCGCUGCCUUUGACCACUAUAGAAUUUCGUACCGUGCCGCUGAAGGGAGGACAGACAGCACCGCCAUCACCAGUGAUGCCACUGAAUAUGCCCUCCGCCGCCUGCAGCCCGCCACCAAAUAUGAGAUCGGCGUGAAGAGUGUGCGGGGCCGGGAGGAGAGUGAGGUGGCUUCCAUCACUGUGCACACAGCCAUGGAUGUCCCCUUGGGGGUCACAGCCACCAACGUCACCCCCACCGAGGCGCUGCUGCAGUGGAACCCACCACUGUCAGAGGUGGAGAGCUAUGUCCUCGUCCUCACACGCCGUGCAGCUGCAAGAGAAACAAUUCUUGUGGAUGGAGUCAACCAGGAGUACCAGCUGACCAACCUCCUGCCCAGUACCACCUACACAGUCUCUAUGUAUGCCACCAAUGGGCCUCUCACCAGCCAGACCAUCAGCACCAACUUUACAACUCUUUUGGAUCCUCCAACUAAUCUGACUGCGAGUGAAGUCACUCGACGGAGUGCCUUGCUCUCCUGGGUGCCUCCUGUGGGAGAGAUGGAGAACUACAUCAUGAUCUACAGAUCUUCCGAUGGCAGCCGGAAGGAGCUGAUUGUGGAUGCUGAGGACACGUGGAUCCGCUUGGAGGGGCUUUCUGAGACCACAGAGUACACCGUGAGCCUGCAAGCUGCCCAAAAUGCCAUGCGGAGUGGCUUCAUCUCCACCACCUUCACCACAGGCGGCCGUGUCUUUGCUAACCCUCAGGACUGUGCCCAGCACCUGAUGAAUGGAGACACGCUGAGCGGCAUCUACACCAUCUCCAUCAAUGGGGACCUCAGCCAGCGAGUGCAGGUGUACUGUGACAUGACCACUGACGGAGGCGGAUGGAUUGUCUUCCAGAGGCGGCAGAACGGGCUGACUGAUUUCUUCCGGAAAUGGGCAGACUACCGGGUGGGUUUUGGAAACUUGGAGGAUGAGUUUUGGCUGGGCUUGGACAACAUCCACAAGAUCACUUCCCAGGGGCGCUAUGAGUUGCGAAUAGACAUGAGGGACGGCCAGGAAGCAGCAUAUGCCUACUAUGACAAGUUCUCCAUCAGCGACUCCCGCAGCCUGUAUAAGCUGCGAAUUGGGGACUACAAUGGCACUUCAGGGGACUCCCUCACCUAUCACCAGGGCCGCCCCUUCUCCACCAAGGACAGGGACAAUGAUGUUGCUGUGACCAACUGCGCCAUGUCCUACAAAGGGGCCUGGUGGUAUAAGAAUUGCCACCGCACCAACCUCAAUGGCAAGUACGGAGAGUCCCGGCACAGUCAGGGGAUUAACUGGUACCAUUGGAAAGGCCACGAGUUCUCCAUCCCCUUUGUGGAAAUGAAGAUGCGACCAUACAACCACCGUAACAUCUCUGGGAGGAAGAGACGGUCCCUGCAGCUCUGAGCCACCUGAACUCCCUCCUGCCGCCCACCACCUGACCUCUUCUGUCAUUUGUUUGUACUUUAUAAUAUGAAAAGGGAAAAAAAAAAUUACUACUCAUUUGAGAUAGCAGCCUGCCCCUCACAAAUGCUGGAGGGAACCACAGCACAAGCAAAGGCUGUGGGAAAGGAAAGACCUCACUGCUUUGCACCUGUCCCAGAGAAAUACCAAAUUUCCAGUCUCCCUACCCCAAAACUCUGGCCCUUAACACAAGAAGAGAGAGAGAGAAAAAGACAGAUUUUUGAUAUUUUUUUAAAAGACUUAGAAAUCCCCAGAAAACCCUGUUAGAAAUGUUUGCCACAGGGCUCAUGGCAGAAACCUUCCCCACAGGGACCUUGGUGCAGCCAUUUCCACCCCAGUCACAGCCAAGGACACCCAUCUUCUCCCUGCCUCCUGGCAGGGAGGUUCCAAGCUUCAUGCCAUCCUGUAGACACCAAUUCUUCCAGCAGGCAUAGGCCCAUCUCUCCUUCUGGCCUGGUCAUCCCUCCCCUAUGCACAGGCACUGUAUACAUGGAGACAAAGCAAGGAUGAGCAAAUGCAAGGCUCAACCCAAUCCCAGUUUUCACACCAGGAGGGCUUGGCAAAUUUCUGCAUAUGUAGACAAACUCUAGAGAGCCCACAGCUCACAUGUUGGCCCCACCACAGCCAAAGCCAUCCUCAUGUACAUGAUGUAUAGGGGAACAAGAGCUGCUCCGUCAGCCCUAACCUGCAUCAUCCACUCCUCUGAGCUGAACUCAUCCCACUCCAGGUGCAUGACAUCUGCCUGUGUUAUGCUGAGCUUCACGGAGAAGAAAGGAGUCAAAUUACAGGACUUGGGAGAAAAAUAACUACUUGUGGUCUUGAACUCUAAAGCCUGUUUCCCCUGUUAUUUCUGUAUGCCACUGCACUGUCUCUCACUGAGGUCAUUGGUCCCAAACCAAAGAGUCUCAGAGAAGAACCAGCAACCAAAAGAGCUAUCACACAAGCGCAGCCCAGCCUGAAGCCAGCAGCUGGCAGACGCCAGGUGCUUUUGUUUAAGGAACUCUGCACACACAGGGAAUGAUGAUGACACAGCCAAGAGACGACAAGUGCAAGCUGAGAAAUGCCCACCCCUUCCUUCGCCUACAUCUCUCUUUGCUACCAUCACAAAAGGGACACAAAUCUCAGUGCCUUGGUAUCACCAUCUCCCUAGUGGGAAAUCAACUGUUUCCCCUCGAAUAGAUGAGCUCAAUCUUCCCAUCCUUAAAUUCUCCCAUCUUAAGGUUGACGGAGCCUUUGGAUAGCUCUGGCUGCACUCUCUUGUCACUGACACCAUCUCCAUGCAGCCCAAACGACAACCGUGCUGAAGUCACUCCUCUGCUGAGGGCUCUGAUCAAUGCUGACCAUUGUCACUGGCCUGGUCUCAGAGAAGGGACUCAUCGCCACAUCCAAGGACAAUGCAGCUUAUCGCUGGGUUCACAGCCAAGGGUGCAUUACAAAUGCUAAACACUGCUGUUUGAUUUUAUCACACUGAAGCUGCUUUGUCUCAAGAAACAUCUUCCAGAUGGCAACAUAAAGGCAUCUUUGCAGUAGCUUAUAAUUCAGGCCAGUGUUUCUUUCAUGGUCACACUUCUGGAUUUUCUGACAUUACUCAUCACUGCUGCAGAGCUGAAGAAGGGCAUUAAGCAGGAAACGCAGCCUCCUUGUCCAUGCCACAUACUGGCACGUAAAAUCAUAGCUAACCCCAAGGUCAGGACUAGAUACAGGUCCAGCCCUUCAAGUGGUCAGCUUACAAGCUGGAGUCUGACCUGCAGUAAGAAUGCUGCAGCUCAGCAACAUCUUACUUGUAAAUGAGGCUUCUCUUCUUUCUUCCCAUCAGCAUCAAAUCAGGCAACAGGUCAACUAGUUGAGGAACGGGUCCAUCAGGGAGACUGCAGGUGAUGGGAUCUCGCGGGACAUGGCCCGUGUCACAGAUGGCAGCAUGUCAUGCCUCCUGAGUGGCCUGCCCUGUUUUAGGUCCCAAAAGCUGACAAGAAACAGCAGAUAGACUUGAUUAAAACCCAAGAAGCCUCCUAGUAGACCAGCAGAGUAAUAUUUUUCCCAACAUCACCAAGAGUUUAUAGACAAGAAGUGUCCUAAGAAAAGCACCCCAGUGCAGUGGUUAAAGUGAGGAUCAGAGACUGACAGUGGAUGGCAUUCCUCACCUGUCUUGGAUGGUACUGUUUGCUUAUCUACCCACGUGAAAGGAUGAGACAUCAGUGGAAACACAGGAGCUCAUCACUCACAACCAAGUGGAAGGCAAGAACUCUCUUUUCAAAAGUACAAGUCAAACAGAAAAAUCAAAACAUGCCAAGCUUUUCCAGGAAGUUAAAAAGAAGAUCCUCAAAAAGGCUGAUUAUUCUCUAACUAGAUUUACUGCUGUAUAUCUCUCCCUCCCUCCUCAUGUCUAUCAUCCCUUUUAUAAGUCCAGUAACCAGGAUAAGAGGACCUGGUUGACACAACUCCAUCAUCAAGUCUGAAGGACAACCUUGGAGAUAAUAUCUGACCUUCUGCUGCCAUUAUGUACUAAUGCUGGUCCUUGAUCUCACACAUGGUACCAGGGUGUUGCCUUUCCAUCAUCCUGGUGAAACACAGUUGCUAAAAUAUCUUAAAGACAUCUACACAUGGUGGUUUUUAUUCACUUGGUGAUAAGCUAACCCAAGCCUAGGCACACAAUCAAUCAGCAGCAACGACCCAGUCUUUUGGGCAAUUGUCCCUUGUUCACGCUGUCCAUAUACAAGAUAAAAUUUUCCAGAAAUUCAUUAUUCAUCGUUGCCUGAUAAUUUUUGUGUGUGUGCAAAGCUCCUGCCAGCAGCUUCAAGCAAAUUUGUGCUUAAUGUUGAUGCUAUGGAAUGGCCAGAUGAUUAAGUACAACCUCUCUUUACUCUCCAUCACUCUUUGGGCAAGCCCUUUUUCUGAAUUCAUUCUCCAACCAGAGCAAGUCUCGCCCUAUCCCUCAUCAGCACAGCACUGAGACUGAACGAAGUCUUGGCAACAAGCCUGAAAUUCCCAGAAACCCACCCUGGAUCCUGCACAAUGCUCAUCUUGAGAGACUUUGGCUCCAGCACAUGAACCAUCACUGGGCUCAGUGGCUCCUCUGCCAUCCAGCUCGUAUGGCCCAGGCUUGUCCCAGAUGCCAAAAUGAACCUGAAGCUGUUACAAAAACCACACAAUCCACUGUAAGAUGCCAAAUCUCAUAACAUGAAGCAGGAAGAAACACAUCAGAUCCUUCACCCAGCAGAACACCAUGGGUGCCCAGGACACCUGUAGCCUUUCAAACCCACCUGUUUUUCUAACCUCAAAAUCCUGGAAGAAAACAUCAAGGGACUUUCUCAUCUCUUGCUCAGUUUUGAUUUUCCUCUCUUUCCAUUUCUGCCAGACCUCCAAGCCUACCUUCCCACCAUGCGUUGCACUACAGUGUAAACGAAGGGGAAAAAAGGCCUGAAAGGAGAAGCUACUUUUAGUAAACUGAUCCUUAAGACAGCAUUUACAGAUUAAUAAUCUGGGGAAGGAGAGAGGCCAGGCCCUCCCCAAAGGUAGCCGGGUUUUGACAGAAGGAUGCUGGAAGAGUGUCAAAGCCACACAAAAGCUGGGUAGAAGCCUUUGAUUCUACUCCUUAUCUUCGUAUUACUUUACCGUGGGCAUCUCAAAGCAUAGCAACAGCCUAAACACCCUCUUACCUCCUUCCUAAAGUGACUCUCACCCCAGGUGAAGCAGAGAGGAAGCGUUGCGGUGUGGACAGCACAGCUCACACUGCCUUCGUCCCCAGCAUUGCUGCAGGGGAGGGGUCAGGCAGUGGUGUCCCUGUGCCAGGGUGCCCUGUGCCUGCAACAGGCUUAGAGUGACCUGCUGAAAUACAGCAGGAGCCAAAAUACCCAUGCAGCGCAUUGCCUCCAUGCCAGCACAUGCCCUUCAUCCAGACGCAGAGCUGCUCUCCUGGCAUGUCCCCAUCAUCACAACCUGGGGUGACCAUGCACCCCCUGCCCUGUGCCCCCCAGCAACACCCACAAGCUUUGACCUUACCAGACACCGCUAGCAAAGAGCUCUCACCCAAAAAAUACCCUUUAAUUCAUGCUUACACCCACUAAUGAAGGGCUUUGUCCCAGGGACAAGCAAGAAGCCCAUCCCUGUUUCUGCCAACCAAGCACCCCAGGAUGGCCAUCAAACCAAAUCAAGCCCCUUGGGGACCACCGGUUCCCUCCAGGGUCACCUUCCUCCCUCCUUAAACCUGACGGUGUCCAGAUGGUGGUGGCAGCUCCUUGCCCCUUCCAGGGGAGAUGUCUGGGGUAAGGGGAAGGUAAAGGCCCUUCCCAGGGGAGAUGCUGAUACCCAGACCCACCUCAGUACCCAGCCUGCAGCUCUCCAGGUGUCAGUGGUUUCUCAGAAGGAUGGUGACAUGAAGACCUAAACAAACAAGCAGCCCCCUGUGUACAGCUGUUAUGUUGGAAUUGUGAUUAUUACUUUAAAAAAAUUAAAAACCAUAAAUAAGAAGGAAGAACAGAGGCAACAAAAUCCCUUGGACAGGUUCUGAUGAACUCAAACACAAACCAAUGCAACCAAAUGAGGGGGAAGAUAAAAGCAAAUAAAUGCAUAAAUAAAAUAAAUAAUAUAAAUAAAUAAUAUAUUAAACAACCCUCCCCACCCUGUAAUGAAAAUGUAGCUUGGAGAAUGGGAUUGACGCUUGUUAACCAUUGUUAACUAGUAUUUUUAGUCCUGACCGCUCUUAGGCUAUGUAUAGUUCCUUUUUUUAAUGCAUUUUCUAUACAUUAAUAAAAGAUA